AUGCUAGUCUACCUCACCAACUUUUUUAUAGCAUGGCUCGCCUACUUUUGGCGACCCAAACAACAACCCUGCAGCAGUCUAACACUGCCGCAUAUUCCCGCCUCUCCGCCAUACAGUCUCGCAGAUGUACACGACCUCGACUUCUGCAACGUUUCCAUCAUCCUGACUCACCCCGGUGAAAAUGACACUGUCGCUGUCUCUGUCUGGCUCCCCCUCGCCAGCUGGAAUGGCCGUUUCCAGGCUACUGGUGGCGGCGGCCUCGCAGCCGGCAUCAUCGGCCUGGCCUCAGCUCGCCCAGUCAGCCAGGGCUACGCUACAGCUGCAACAGAUGGAGAUAAUCCCCAGACGGGGGCCUGGGCUCUGCGCCCCGACGGCUCCAUCAACACCGCUCUGCUAGAGAACUUCGCCCAUCGCUCCAUCUAUGACAUGACUAUCAUCGGGAAGACCCUUACCGAGCGCUUCUACGGAUCUCCGCCAAAGUACUCCUACUGGAGCGGCUGCUCCACCGGCGGCAGACAGGGAUACUUCGCCGCAGCAAAGUAUCCGAGUCUCUUUGACGGAAUUCUCGCCGGUGCACCGGCCCUCAAUUUCCCACGUUUAAUCGGAUAUAUGUCCUGGCCGCCGGUGCAUAUGUUCCAGUCCGCAGCGCCGCCGCAGUGCGUCUUUGACGCAUUCCUAAAAGCAAUCAUCGACACAUGUGAUCCACUCGAUGGAGCCACGGACGGGUUAAUAUCAGAUUACAACCCACAGAGCUGCCCAUUCGAUCCCGAAACACUUGUCGGUCAAACGGUACCAUGUCCGGAGAUGGGCUCAGAUUCUCCAGUGACCAUUACAGCCCAGCACGCCACCCUCGUCAAGCAAAUCCUGCAAGGUCCCGAACUUCCAGAUCACCCCAACCUCUGGACAGGACUCCCACCGGGCGCCUCAUUCCGCAGAACGGCAAACACCGAAGUCAUCAACGGAUCGAUCGUCAGACCAGUCCCCUUCUUCCCCAUCAUCGGAUGGAUCAAGAAUUUUGUCUUUCGGGAUCCGGACUACAAUGUAUUCGAUAUGAAUCUCGAUGACUUCGACACUGUCUACCGUCUCACGCUGGACGGCUACAACGGCAUUUUCGGCUCGGAUGAUUUCACUCUCUCUGAUUUUCGUCGCGCAGGGGGGAAGCUGUUGACCUGGCACGGGUUAGCGGAUGAGCUGAUCCCAGCGUCGUGGACGAAUGCGUUUUGGGAUAGGGUUGAUAGGAAGAACGGUGGCGAUGCGGAUGAGUUCUAUCGAGUGUUCCUUGCGCCGGGACUGGGACACUGCUCGGCCGGGUAUGGGCCGAGACCGGUUGAUCCGUUGGGUGCAUUGGUGCGCUGGGUGGAGGAAGGGAAUCCGCCUGAUCGGCUGAGUGCGGCGGCUGUCAGGGCGGAUGGGACGGAGGUGACGAGGGAGUUGUGUCGGUAUCCGGCGACGUUGGUCGUAUACAUCUUCAUCUCAUUUUUCACUCGCAAGAGCAAGCAUCCGCCUCUACCUCCCGGUCCCCGACGAAAGCCUAUUGUGGGUAAUCUCUGGGAUUUGCCCGAUCCAAGUCAGCAAGAUUGGCAGCACUGGCUGAAGCACAAGGAUCGCUAUGGCCCAAUCAGUUCCCUCAGCAUCAUGGGCCAAACCAUCAUCGUCUUGAACGAUGCCCGACUAGCGGUGGAACUACUCGAGUCACGAUCGUCGAUCCACUCCUCGCGUCCACAGCAACACUUUGCAGAGAUGGCGGGCUGGAACAACGUCCUCGGAGCGGUGAAGCAGUCUCAGCGCAUCCGAGCAACGCGCAAGAACCUGCAUAGGGAGAUCGGAUCCAACAAUUCGGUCGCUCGAUUCAAUGAGAUCCAGAUAGCGGAGGUGGGUAGGUUUCUACUGAGGGUACUGGAUGCGCCGGACAAGUUGAUGCAGCAUAUACGCAAAGAGGCGGGCGCAAUUAUCCUAAAAGUAGGAUACGGGUAUACCAUCGAACCGCAUGAUCAAGACCCGUUGGUUGAUCUGGCCGACAAGGCCAUGGAGGAUUUCUCGAUGGCCAUGCUUCCAGCCACAUGGGCAGUGGACUUUUUCCCACCCCUGAAGUAUCUUCCAACCUGGUUCCCAGGUACAGAGUUCAUGAAGAUCGCACAACGCUAUCGAAAGAAUGUCACAGCAUUCAGCGAUAUCCCAUAUGCAUUCGUGAAGGAACAGAUGCGAACUGGCCGCUUCGUACCGUCUUUUCUCUCCAACCUUCUCGAGAGCAGUGCUUUCGAGCCCGGAUCCGAAGAAGAGAAUACUGUCAAGUGGUCUGCUGGAUCGCUCUACGCCGGGGGAGCUGAUACGACUGUCUCCUCCAUAGCCAGCUUCUUCCUCGCAAUGGCUCUCUUCCCUGAAGCGCAGCGCAAGGCACAGCAAGAAAUUGACACCGUGAUCGGAACAGACCGACUGCCGCAGUACGGAGACCGGGAACAACUACCUUACAUCAACGCCUUAGUCAAAGAGACGCUCCGAUGGCAUCCAGUCGUACCUAUGAACGUUGCACACACCUCGACCGAGGAUGAUGUCUGCGAGGGAUACUUCAUUCCCAAGGGAUCGUCAAUCCUUGCCAAUAUAUGGGGAUUCACCCACGACCCAGCCGCCUACCACGACCCGAUGACAUUUAAACCCGAACGAUUCCUAGGCCCAAAGUCAGAGCGAGAUCCCCACUUCCUUGUGUUCGGAUUCGGUCGUCGUGUCUGUCCGGGAAAGACUCUAGCUGACGUAAAUGUGUAUUUCACCAUCGCCCAAGCCCUCGCUGUCUUUGAGAUCUCAAAGCCAGUGAAGGAUGGGAAAGUUGAGGAUAUUCAGCCGGAGUUUCUCCCGGGAGUCAUCAGUCACCCAGCGCCGUUUAAUGUGUCUAUUCGGCCGAGGAGUGCGAAGCAUUUGGAGUUGCUUCGGUCGUUGGAGGAGAGGUAUCCUUGGGAGAAGAGUAAUGCGGAGGAUUUGGGGAAUAUGCAAUAUUAAGAGGAGGUGCUGGUGGAGAUGGUGUCGUGGUGGGUGGGCUGAGACAGUGGUGGCUAGGGCUGUUGUAUAUUGGCUGAGUG